AUGAACCCUUCUACCAACUAUGUAUGUGUACACGUCGACACACAUACAAACCAAGCACCUGCGACUGGAAUAACGACCGGUACUGCACCUACUGCUGCAACAACUUCUGUACAGGAUACAACACCGGCGUUGACAACAACACUGGCACCAACUACGACACCUACACAAACAACAUCCACACCGACUUCGACACUGGCACCGACUACAACACCCUUACCAACUACAACGGCAGCACCAUCUACUACAACACCUGCACCAACUACAACAGCAUCACCCACUACUACAACACCCGUCCCAACUACAACUCCGGCUCCGACUACAACACCUACACCAGAGACCACACCAGCACCGACUACCACGACAUCUGUACCAACUACAACAGCAGCACCAACAACUACAACACCUGCACCAACUACAACAUUCGCCCAAACUACAACACCAGCUCCGACUACAACACCUACACCAACGACGACACCAGCACCGACUACCACAACAGCUGUACCAACAACGACUACACCAACAACUACUACCCAUGAUGGCACGUGCGUUGAUAACAGUGACUGCAGUUCCCUUCCCUUCACAGAGUGUUCAAACAGCCUCUGCGUAUGCACCGUGGGAAGUGAUAUGGAUGAUGCCACUGGCAUAUGCAGAUCAUUAGCAGAGUGCUCGUCCUUUGGAUCUACCUUCACCACCUUCACGGAUACUGCCAUCACCGGUCAUAACCUUGAGUCCCAUUCAUUGAAGACGUCAGCACAAUGUGAACAAUUGUGUCUAGACGCCUCAUUCGUAUGUAAAUCGUUUGAAAUGUUGGGAAGUGGCUGUUUUUUGCAGGAAGUCUCCUGGUAUGAUGUUACAGGAAGUGAACGUGGAUAUAAGAAAUAUGUCGAUCAUAGCCAACGCAGAUGUAAUUGGUGAGCUACGGUAUGAACUUGAGUGCCAUUCUAUGCUACAGGAGUAACAAUCCCAAAGUGCAACAGCUUGUCUAUAUAUCGGUGCUUGUCCAGCACACAGAAGCAGUGCAAGACCUUAUGAUUUCAAUGUAUUGUGUCCAGGGUUUGGUGCUGGUAUUAUAAUAAUGAUUAACCAUUUUACUUGGAUUUUUUCCGAAGAAAAUAAUUUGGUCCAGAUAUAACAGGGAAGAAAUUAAUGCAUCCUCAAUUUUAACCACCAGCCCGAAAAAUCUAUUUGCAGGUCAUAUUGGAUGUCCUGUAUUAAUGUACCUGUGAAUACAAAUAUUUGAAAAAAUUGUUUAGUUCGUGGGUUUUGACUGAAAACUAUUACAUCCUGGGUCCCUUGAGCAGCAUAAACAAUUUCACUUCCACAUCACAUACAUAAAGAAGUGAGAUUAAGUCAUUCAGUAGUGGUCUGCAUUUCUUCUUGUAACAGCAGGUAACAUUGAAACGUUGAACUAAAGGAGUUUGAUAAGCAUCGGCCUUGGUAUCCUUACAUAGAUAUUUUGGUUAACCCCUGGUUUAACCAUCGUUUUACUUUGUCGAUCCGCUGACUGUCAGUUCGAAUCACUUAUCAAUAUAAUACAGUGGGUUUCAUCUCUUGUGUAGCCCCUUCAAUGAUUUAGUGUGCACUGUAUAACACGUUUGAAUUUUAUACUACAUGUAAGUAUGUACCACAAAUAUUUUUUAAAUAUGGUUAAUUGAUGUAUGUCAUUACUCUUGUUUUGAUUUCCUAAUGUCCUGCGUACUGUCGGUGUUGUUUCAAAUAUCAGACUGUUGUCGGGGGCGCUGCAAUUCACUGUGCAGAGUUGCGUCCCUUAGAUAUGCCUGAAACAUAUGGCCAGCUUCGCCCUGAUUAAGUUUCUAGGUUUGGCAGCAAUAUGCCGAUGCUCGGGGUUUCAGCAUUGCGGUAAACGUAUUAGACCCGAAUCACUUCGGGCGUUCCAACACACCAAGCUGUGAUGCCAUGAUGUAGGUAAUCAUGCAAAUCUGUGUUCACAGCUGUGCUCAACCAACUUACUCACUUACGUCUGCUAGAUUCUUAUGAAUAUUGAUAUCAUCUUUGACAUUACUUAUUUGUACCUACAUUUUGUUUAGCUUACUUUGUUACUAUUACCACGUCGCUAUAUAAGUGCAAUAAUCUUGGACGCGACGUUAAACCCCAUUUCACCUCACCUCACCUUGUUACUAUAAUUACAUUUGAAAUAUGUGUCAAGCUGCUAAUAUUUUCUAUGGAUGAACACGCACUGUUAAUAUUUACAUUUCAAUAUAUGUCAAAUUGCUUAUACAUUUCUUCAAUAGUUGAACACGCCGUUAUAAUUCAUUACUAACACAAAA